AUGCUCGAAGAGCGGCCUCUCAGCUAUCGGCCGAUAGCGAAGCCGAAGGGCAGGAGACAGCCAACUGGUGGUGCAGUUGGACGCCCGUCCAAGUCGGACAAGAGAGCCAAGAACUGCACAGCGGGAAAAGCGGCCUGGACUACGGACACAUCUGUGCACGAGGUGAAGUCGGAGAAGGGCGAGGUCCGGACCCACUUGCAGUCAAGGAUUGUCCUCAUGCUACUCUUCGACCUCCGCAAGGAAGGUUGCUCUGAGAACGAGGUGGUGUUGCAGGUUGCGCGCACUUUCAAGAUCGGCCACGACAAGGUCAGACGCAUCAACAACCACUGGUGGGAUCACCGCCAGUUGUACGAGACCACCGCCGCGGGGAGAGGCAAGACGGCAAAGAAGGAUGAUGGCCGACGCCGCCUCACCAAAGCACAAGAAGAUCAACUUCGCGAGUUCAUCAACGACGAGCACAAGGCCGGUCGUCAAGUCUUUCGCCGCACGGUGGCAGAAUGGAUGCACAGGACUUGCAACAUGGAGCAGCCGUCCAACCGUUCGGCAGGAGGGCUGCUGAGUAGGCUCGGCUUCAAGCGUCGUAGAGGCAGGAUCAAAACGCCGCCGUUAAACGCCGAAAGACUUGCUCGCAUUCGUCGGUUUCUUGUUGAAAUGGACAUGGCAAAGAGGGCAGAGGAUGCUGGGUGACAAGUGAUCGUGUAUAUGGAUGAGAGUUUUGUCCACCAGGCUCAUGGUUCUCCCUAUUCUUACUUUCCUUCGGACGAGAAUGGAGUUGUGCAGGAUGGGAUU